GCUCAGCACUUCCAGUCGCUCGAGAGCGGCCGGUGGUCUCUUUCUCUCUCUAUUUACAUUCUAUCGUGCUCAGUAGACAACACGGCUCACGAUACCGCGUAUCGAACCUCGCAACUUAGUCAACAAAUAGUAUAGAUAGAGAAUAGUUAUUUUUUAAGUUAAAACUUAACUGACAGGUGUUUUAUUGUGUGUUUUAAUCGUGUUUACGUUAAAAAAUGGCUGCCACCAGUGUAACGUGUCGCGCCUUGGUUUUACUCCGGCUGGAGAUUACCCGUGGUUUGAGUGUCGCGUCCUUGGCUACUCCCCGAAGAUACCAUAAUGAAACAUGGUGCAAACGAUGGUGGCAUAUAUCUCAACGAGGGCUUUCAACAACAAGGGGUACUUUUGGCCCAACAAUCAGCCCCAUACUUAGUAAAGAACAAAAGGAAUCUAAAGAUACGAAAAGUCAACACCAAAAUCAACAUCAGCAACAAAAACCGUUAAAGGAUUCAAAAAAUGAAAAAGAUCCUAAUGAACCCGACAGCACGACUCUUAUAGCUGAUAGCCCAAGACAGCAGAAAAAGGAACGUAAACGUGAAAAAGUUAAAAGUGUGACAAUUGAUUUCCAUCGAGGCUACCCGCGAAUCACGGUACCUCUGCCAUCGCGAAAAGAAAAGUGCAUCUUCACCCUCAAGCCAAUAACCAACACAGUGGGGGAUUUUAUUCAUAUGUUGAAAGAAGAAGACCGUGGAAUAGACAGAGCAUGUAUUACGACAUUAGACGGUGUUAGAAUAUGUAGUCACAACACGAUAGAGUCGCUUUUAGAUAACGAUUUUAGACUAGUCAUCAACGACGUGACUUACGAUGUCUCGCCACCUGAAAAAGAAAAAUACUCGAUGGAGACCAUGCAAAAAUUGUCAGACAUUCAAGUGACGGUGAGCCAACUCUACGAAACUCUACAGUGCACUGAGUAUAAUUCAGUUUUAGAGCGAGAGGUGAUAGCUGAAUUGGAGCAGGUGAUGAUAGAGUUGGAACCAUUAGAACUAAAAAAACAAACACUGGAAGUGGCCGCAGAGAGACGAGCGAACCUUCACUCAUGGAUAGGACUCGUUGCCAUGGCCGUGCAGUUUGGGAUCCUUGCGAGGUUGACCUGGUGGGAGUACUCGUGGGAUAUCAUGGAGCCCGUGACCUACUUCGUAACAUACGCUACGGGCAUGCUCUGUUAUAUCUACUUCAUCGUAACAAGACAAGAAUACAUGCUACCAGAUGUAAUGAACAGACGGUACUUAAUAGCUCUUCACAAGCGAGCUAAAGCAGUGGGACUCGAUUUAACAAGAUACAAUAUGCUCAAAGAUCAGGCUUACGAGCUUGAGACAACCCUUAAAAUAAUCCGCGGGCCACUGUGGAACCACAAGAACAAAAUAGAAAAAAAAUUGCGUGACAAAACUAGAAGUAGCAGCAGCUCCAGCUCUAGCUCGAGUUCACGUUCUCCUUCUCCGAGUCCUUGCCCUAGUCCCGAAAAAACUGUACGCACGUGAAUUAACUUUCAUACCAUCAUAAUUUAAAUAAUUAUGACUGACGACUGGCUUUAUUUAUCUAUUUUUUUUAAAGCACCUACGAUUUUAUUAUUAUAAUUAUUAAUUAUUAUUAUUACGUCUGUGUGACGAACGCUCAAUCGAGUCGACACUAUACAUCGAAAAAUAUUAAAUAUGUUUGUUGACAAUGGCAUGGAAAAUGUUUAUCAACAAUUUAUGGUCCAUAGUGGACUUUUUCUUUUGACGAAACUCAUUCUUUAUAAUUCGCGCAUAUCUCCAACGUAUUUUACGUAUUUGUCUUUAAAAUUGACCAAAAAAAAAAAUGAAUAAAAAAAUAUAUUACACUUAAAAUAAUAAAUUCCGCGUUAUCUGUGGAAUUGAUGUCACCCACGGGGCCAUUUACAAAUUACUAAACUCACUGAAUAAAGAAGUACUUGCUAAAUAAUUACAUCUCCGAUAAUUAAUUAAUCAAUUUAAUUCAUCAUAAUUAUAAUUAUUAUUACUAUUAUUGUUAUUAUUAUUACUAUCAUCGUUGUAACAGUUUUAAAUGUGAUUUUAAUGUACUUCGAUAAAUAUGAUCUUCCAUACGUUACUAUUAUUGUGUAAUAAUAAUAUUAAUUUAUUAUCAUUAUUAUUUUAUUAAACUAUUAAAAUAGUUUCAUAUUUGUUAUAUAGUAGGUUGGUUAUAAGCGCGUAUAAAUAACAGAGAUGAUUUAUGAAUAUUAUUCUCAAAUGCAAAUUUCAAGUGGUAGUUAAUUUAAAAUAAUCAAAUAGUUGAUUUAAAUUUUAAAUUUAAAAAACAAAUUAUCGUCUUUCAUUUUUAAAAACUUAUUUGUAAAUAUUAUAUUUUUAUUAUGGAAUCAUGUUAAAGUAAAACUUUUAUAAAAUUCUCAUAAUUUAUUUUUUAAUUGUAAUUAUUAUUAUUAUAAAUAUUGUGUGUUGACGUCAUAAAUUCUUGUGCCAAUUUUCGUGAUUGCUCUAGUCGAAUUUUGAUAUUAUUUUCUACCUCGAUUUAAUAACAGCUGUCAUUAACUACUGUUUACAUUUAUAUUAUUGAUGUCAUAAUGAAGCUCUAAUAAAAUAAUUGAAGCAUCUAAAUUGACGCUCUAUUAAUUAGAAAGAAAAAGAAACAACAAUUAACGCUUAUCAGUUAUUAUUAUACACAAUGUUUUCUUAUUUAUCACUAAUUUGUGUGUUUGAUUAAUUUCUGCGCUUCAAUAGCUUGACAUUUAUACACUUGUCAUUUACAUAAACAAUUCUUACGAAUAAAUUAAGUAAUUAAUUAUAAAGUUUAUGAUUUAUCAGUCUCAUUGUAAUUAUAAGUGUAAAAAAAAAUUUUAAAUAACUAUUCAUUUUUUUUCUCAUCACAUAAAAAUAUAAAAAUAAUUAUCUUUCACAUUUUAUCCGUCCGCAUAGACACGUGAUUUUAAAUCUGCAUAAUUAGACAGUGGCACUGCUUUUGCACAAAAAAAAAAAAACUAAAUUAACUAUCAAAUUAUAACUUAAACAGAAAUUAAAAUUUCAAUGCCGCUAUAUUUACAUUUAGAUAUUUAUCUUGAAUUAAUAAAUUUGAAAAAAUACAUUUUAUUUAUCUCUUUAAAUUUUUCCCUAAAACUUAUUUUUUUUUUAUAAAAAAAUUAAAUUCAAAUUUACAUAUAAAUGAAUAAUUAAUAAAUUUCAAUAGGAGUAAAAAAAAUUCAUGUCAUUACGCACUUUGUCUUGCACUUGACUUAAAAUUUUAUAUAGAAUCAAAUUUCACGUUUAUUAAAUAAUUACACUAGUUAAAAAUAAUAAUAAAGUUGUCAAAAAAAAAUAAAAAAAAAAAAAA